UCUAAAGAAGUACAAGACGGUUCUCUACUCUCAUUGUGCAAGAGAUUAAAACUCUAUUUCGUUGGCAAAUUAAAAUGAAUCUACUACACGGUUGGUUAUCGGUGCUAUUUAUCGUUGAAUUUUCGGAACUUCAAGGAAAACAUGGCUUUUUCUCGCAAGCUCUUCUUAAGGGCGAAGUGAUUGAAAACAUGUCACAGGCAAAGUUUGUAGCUGGAAUUCUUACCCCCUCAAACCAUCCAAAUGAUGCCAAUAGAAUAAUGAUGAGUAGGUGUACCGCAUUUAUUCUGUCGAAAACGGAAAUUAUCACGAAUGCCCAUUGUGUGUAUGACGCUCCAUAUGUUUAUGUGGUAGCUGGUACAAAAGUUGUAUCGGCUGCAAACCAGAAAAUUAAAAUCAAAGUCGAAAAAGAGAAUAUUGCAUAUCACCGUCAUUAUAGUCAUUUAAUUUUUGGUGCAUUUGAUAUUGCCAAAAUUACAUUGGAAACGCCGUUAGAAUUCAGCGAUACCGUUGGCAGGAUCGAACUCGUGGAUGAGGAUUACAAAUUGAAUGACCCAUCAGAAGUGGUCACUGCCUAUGGAUAUGGUGUGUUGAACAACAUCGGACCAUUGAUAUUGAGGCGUUGCGAUGCAAACUAUAUAUCUGUUGUCGAACGAGUCAACACAUUUAAUCCAAGUCAGACUUUGUACUUUAAAACUGGUGAAGCUAAAAAUGAUGGCGAAAUUAUAACACCUGGCGAUUCGGGUGGACCAGUCGUUUCAAAAACAAAUGGCAAAAUCGUGGGCAUAAUAACGGGGUAUAGAAGUAAAUAA